AUGUCUGACGUGGAUUUAGAUGAGGAUUUGUUGGCUCUUGCCGGGGCUGAUGUCGAUGAAUUGGAUUCUGGCGAAUCCUCCCCAAAAAAAAGAAGCUCUUCCAUCAAGAAGUCGACCACCAAGAAAAGAAAGACUCGUACUGAGGACGACGAAGACGAACACGACGGCCAGGAUGAUGACGAAGAUGCUACAGAGAAAAACCCAUAUCCUUUGGAAGGAAAAUAUAUUGACGAAGAAGAUAAAUUGAGAAUUGAAGAAAUGGACGAAAUGGAAAGAGAAGAAACUUUGUAUAAUAGAGCUCAGAAAAUGAAUGAGUAUCAAGAAAGACUUUAUUUGGCUCAAAGAGCCGCUAGAGAAAAGAACCAAGUUCAACAAGAACGUUCUAGCAGAUCCAAGAAAGUGAAAGAAUCAUCAAGAUUCAAGAAAUCAUCCAAAUUGUCAGAAUUGAAGAAACAGAGAGAUAAGAAGGCCAGAAGAGACGCUGGUGAUUCAUACUCGGAGGAUGAGGGGCCUCAAGGUGAUGAAGAAGAUGAUGACGAAUAUCACGUACCAGAUGCCGAAGAAGAAGAAGCUGAUAAUGAUGAUUAUGACUUGCGUGACUAUUACGAUGAAGAAGAUGAUUAUAAUCCAGAUGGUGUAGAGUGGGGGAGCACCAAGAAAUCAGAACCGGUUCGUCAAACCAUCGUCGACGACAUUAAUAAGAUUCGUAUUGGAAGAGGGCCAAUUGCCAAAUACUUAUACUAUCCUGAGUUCAGAGAAGUUGUCAAGGACUGUAUGGCACGUUUCAACGUGGGUACCGGGAGUGAUGGAAGACCAAGCUAUCGUAUCGUGAGGAUUGUCUCCAUUGAGCGCGGCAGAAAACCUUACAAAUUGGAAGGGUCUUACGUCAACAUGUUUGCGGUGUGCACUAACAGCGACGGACAAACUAAAAAAGUCAGUAUGGAUUUCUUUAGUAAUUCUCCAUUCACCCAACAGGAAUUUGACAAAUACUGUCAAAAGCUGGACUAUAUUCCUUCGGUGAAGAAAAUCGAAAAGAAAUUCAAACAAUUGAAGGAAAUGGCCCAAAGAGUGCUCACGUCAAAGGAAAUCAAGCAAGUUUCCGAAAGCAAACAACGAUUAAAUAGAGGAUAUGUUGGUGCCAAUGCUGUGAUGCGUAGGGCAGAAUUACAAACCCAUCUUGAAGUUGCAAGACAACGUAACAACAUCCAAGAAAUCCAGAAAAUUGAGCGUGAAUUAUCCAAAUAUGACAAUGCCAGACAAAAGACCAAGGAAACAAAUAAUCUGUUGAGUACCCUUGAUAGAGUCAAUGAACGUAAUAGAAAAAGAAACCAAGAUGCCAUCAGAAAGGCCGAGAUAAUCGCUUCCGAACGGAGAAGAAAAGAAGCCAUUGCCGUUGCCAAUGGUAAAGUCAUCUCGAAUCCAUUCAGCAGAUUGAAAACUAAUGUUAGAUUGUAUUAUCAAAAUAUCCAAAAGGAAGAAGCCGAAAAACAUGAACAAACGGUUAAAGAUGAAAAAUUAAAGAAUGUGGAAAAAGAAAAAAUCCAAUCUAAAUUCUUUGAUAAGGCUAAAUACCGUCAAGUGGGUAAGUUGGAUAAAGUAAUUAGGGAUUCAGUGGAUGUUGAAUUGGUGGUAUGA